GUCUCAGUUCAGAACAGAUAUCAGCAGCUGAAGGCCUUUAGUCAUCAUUCUCAUCAGAUCAAGAGAAUUCCGCAUCUCUCAGAACCACAAAGACAAAAAGCAGUCCGCUAGAGCCAAGAAGAAAGAAUACACAUGCCAGAUGAUGCUGAUUGUUACAGUGCAUUUCUCACAAAUAAGUGUUUAAAGUUGCUUGCCAAAGAGGCGCCUGGAAGACAGAUUUUUAGAAACUUUACUUAAUAACAACAAAAAAAUUAAAUAAAUAAAAUAAAGUAGACAACACUGAAAAUAUUGUAUCAAUUUGUAGUGCUGAGCUUGUCGGUUUAAGAGUAAAAGCAAAAUGGAAUUAACGACGUUGGACGGGAUAUCCACAGGGUUCACAGAGAACACGGUGAUACAAAACAACUUAUCUUCUAAUUACACAACGAAUUUGACUUUGUAUUACAACACCAGCACCUGUGGAAACGGCUCUGUGACAAGGGCGAUGCCACCUCAACGUCCCAAAGAUUUGGAUUACUCUGUGAGAAUUCUGCUAUACUCACUGAUUUUCCUGCUCAGUGUCUUUGGAAACACAUUGAUUAUCAUUGUUCUGAUCUUGAACAAACGAUUGCGAACUGUCACCAACUCCUUCCUGCUCUCGCUGGCCCUAAGUGACCUGAUGGUGGCCCUUUUUUGCAUGCCAUUCACCCUCAUCCCCAACCUGCUCGGGGACUUCAUCUUUGGGCAAGCCAUGUGCAAAACUGUGGCCUACUUUAUGGGAAUCUCAGUAAGUGUGUCUACCUUCAGCCUGGUGGCUAUAGCCAUUGAGCGGUACAGUGCUAUCUGUAACCCCCUCAAGUCUCGGGCAUGGCAGACCCGUUCUCAUGCCUACCGUGUCAUUGCCUCCACCUGGAUCCUGUCUCUGAUCAUCAUGAUCCCAUACCCUGUCUUCAGCACCCUGAUGGCAUUCCCCAAGGCCAACAACUCCACUGGGCACAACUGCCGCCUCAUGUGGCCCAAGGAUCAGGUGCAACAGGCCUGGUACCUGAUGCUGCUGAUUACUCUGUUCUUUAUCCCUGGUAUUGUGAUGAUAAUUGCCUAUGGACUAAUUUCCCGGGAACUGUAUAGAGGAAUCCAGUUUGAACUGGACCAGAAAAAAGAAAUCACUGCCCAUAAAAAUGGCCUCAAUGUAAAGGGCAAUCCGGCAACCAGCAGUGACGAGGGAGAUGGCUGCUACAUUCAAGUGACGAAGUGUCAGAACAUGGUGGAAAUGUCCAUUCUGAACCCUAGUGGUGGAACCAAGAUGGACAGAGCUCGUAGCAACACCUCCGAGGCCAAGCUCAUGGCCAAGAAGCGCGUGAUCCGCAUGCUCAUCGUCAUUGUUGCCAUGUUUUUCGUCUGCUGGAUGCCCAUCUACUCUGUUAACACCUGGCGGGCCUUCGACCACCACACUGCACACAAGGUCCUCUCUGGGGCUCCUAUUUCUUUCAUCCACCUGUUGUCUUAUACAUCUGCUUGUGUCAACCCCAUAAUCUACUGCUUCAUGAACAAGCGUUUCCGCAAAACAUUUCUAGCUACGUUCGCCUGCUGCUGGAGGCCUUGCUGUCGCUUUCAAGAGACAAAAGAUGACGUCGCCGGUACUGGGGCCUCACUGUCUAAAUUCAGCUACACCACUGUCAGCACACUGGGUCCGUCAUUACCAGCCCCUGUGAGCUGAGAGACAGGGAAAAUCAUAGACAAUGCUAUAACACUG